CGCGGCCCACGUGACCGGAAGAGGAUCCUCUCGCUACGCUGCUGUUUUCAGACCAGAACUCCCCGAAGGAAAAAAAGCAGCGGCAGGUUAUAGAAACCAGAGCCCGGCUGCAGCGAGAGGAGGGCCGGCGGGGUGGCCGGAGCGGAGGCUGAAACAUGGGCCUCCUGGCGAGGCUGCGGAAAGAGUGGUUCAUCAUCGGGAUAGUGCUGGUCAUCCUGUCGGCCAAACUGCAGCCCAGUGUCGGUGUUAAAGGAGGUCCAUUAAAGCCAGAGAUAACCAUUGCUUACUUCGCCGUUUCCCUCAUCUUCUUCAACAGCGGCCUGUCUCUGAAAACAGAGGAGCUGAGGAGCGCGCUGCUUCAUGUCCGCCUCCACCUCUUCGUCCAGUCCUUCACGCUGGUCUUCUUCCCUCUGGCCAUCUGGCUGCUGCUCCAGUUCCUGGCGCUGACCGCCAUCGACCAGUGGCUGCUCAAAGGGUUACAGACGGUGAGCUGCAUGCCCCCUCCGGUGUCGUCCGCCGUUAUUCUCACCAAAGCCGUCGGAGGCAACGAGGCCGCUGCCAUCUUCAACUCUGCGUUCGGGAGCUUCCUGGGGAUCGUGGUGACCCCGCUGCUGCUGCUGCUCUUUCUCGGAUCUUCCUCCUCAGUUCCCUUCACCUCCAUCUUCUCUCAGCUCUUCAUGACCGUUGUGGUCCCCCUGAUCCUGGGUCAGGUGUGUCGCAGUUUCCUCAGGGCGUUCCUGGACCGAAGAAAGCCUCCGUUUGGCGCCAUCAGCAGCGCCGUCCUCCUCAUGAUCAUCUACACCACGUUCUGCGACACCUUCAGCAACCCCAACAUCGAGCUGGACCCCACCAGCCUGCUGCUGGUCGUCCUCAUCAUUUUCUCCAUCCAGGUCAGCUUCAUGCUGCUGACGUUCGCCUUUUCCACCAGGUCGGGAUCAGGAUUCAGUCCAGCCGACACGGUCGCCAUCAUAUUCUGCUCCACUCACAAGUCUCUGACUCUGGGUAUUCCCAUGCUGAAGAUCGUUUUCGAAGGCUACGAGCACCUGUCUCUGAUCUCGGUCCCGCUGCUCAUCUACCACCCGGCUCAGAUCCUGCUGGGCUCCAUCCUCGUUCCGACGAUCCGCAGCUGGAUGAUGAGCCGGCAGAAGUCUAGUCUGUUGUUGAGAUAGGGCCGCAUUCCAACACCUCUGUAGGCGCUGAGGGAUCAAACUAUCCAACCUGCAGCCCGUCUGAUGGGGCUUUGAGCGGCGGAGGGAUCCAGUUUUUCAAAAAAGUGCCUUUUUACGACCAACAGCAGGGACCUCAUCGUGACAGAGCAGGAUUCAGUGCUAGCCUUGAUAGCCUGUUACUCUUUUCUACAAUAACAAAAAAACAACUCACAGUUACAUAAUUUGUAUUAUUAUAUAUUUAAAUGAAAGGGGUUUUAUUUUUUUAUACCAUGAACAGUUAAAAAAACAAUCCCGGGGGAAAAGGAAGUGUUUUGAGGAACCAAAUGGGCGGGGUCUCUGGGACCAGUCUUUUUUAUUUUAAUUUUGUUACUUUGGUUGUUCCAGCUGUUUCUGCCAAAAAUUGUAAAUGUUUUUGUUUAACAUAAUGUUGGAUUGUAAGAUCUAAUAUAGAAAUAACAACGACA